AUGUCGUCGGCUAUCGCAGACAUGCAGUGCGUACUUGGAGCAAACAAUAAAUAUUUUAUUAAAGAAUUUUCUAUAGUCGACACAGAAACAUGGGCAAGCCAGCACUGGAUUUUUAAAAAUUCUAAAUCUAAGCAGGACAAUAAAUCUCGUAAAACUAAUAAGUGGCUAGAACAUAACUAUCAUAAACUAACUGUAGAAUAUGGUGAUAUCGAGUAUGAAAAACUAAGUAGAAUAUUGAACUCUCUAAAGUUCUCAUGUAUUUACGUCAAAGGAGAUCAGAAAAAACAACUUCUUACAGAAUUUAUACCUCACGUCGCUCUCAUCAACAUCGAAGACCUUGGAUGUCCACGUUUGGACCAGAUAUGUGAUGAUGAAACUCUACCCUGCUGUAUUUUUCAUAUGGAAUUUAAUCCUAAACAAUGUACGUUCUUUAACACGUUCACGACCAAGGGUUUCAUCAAUGCUCGGUACGUCAGUCCGCCAGAAGCAGUUUGGCGACUGUUUUCGUACGAGUUGCAUAAGCCGAGUCACAGGGUGAUCAGGCUUCCAGUCCAUCUGGAAGACUACCACACGGUGUACUUCGCUCCGGGACAAGAACUGGAGCGGGUGCAAAACGCAGCGCUGGCCCGAACAAGACUCACGGCGUUCUUCUCGCUCAACGAGACGGACCCCGAGGCCAGACAGUAUCUCUACCAUGAGAUACCGAUGCAUUACACCUGGGGGGAAAGAGACAGGAGGUGGAAUCGGCGCCGAAGGGUAAUGCCCAACGAGACGUUGUCUCGGAUGUACGCGGUCAACCCCCUAGAUCGAGAGCGAUUCCUCUUGCGACUGCUGCUGCUACACAGGAGAGGUCCUCAGUCGUUCAGAGACAUGAGGACCGUCGACGGGAUCGUGUAUCCGACCUACGCGGCGGCGGCGGUGGCGCUUGGACUCCUGGAGGAUGACCAAGCCCUGCUGGCUUGCAUGACAGUCCGCGGCCGUGGACACUCCCGCACAGCUGCGUUACCUACUGGUGACGAUCCUGCUGUACUACUGAGAGACGAGGACCGCGCGAGGGCCGCGUGCCUGGACGCCAUCGGGCGGCUGCUGCAGGGUCACGGUAAAACGCUGGCCGACUACGGGUUGCCGAAUCCGGACGUCGCGCUGCUCGAAGAGGACGCGGGCGGAGACGUCUACGCCUUCGUCGACGCAGUGGUGCGUUGGACCCUGCAGUUGGACAACCUCAACGACGAACAGCGGGCGGUUUACGACCGCGUGAUGGCGGCCGUCGAUGACAACCGCGACGUCCCGAAAUUGUUCUACGUCGACGGGCCCGGAGGUACGGGGAAAACGACGCUUUCCCAAUUGGAAAUUAACAACGGGCGCGGUACCACGCCAGUACUGAUUUAUACCGGCGCACUACUGGCAGUCAGUACUGGUGCCUGUACUGGCAUUUGUCUGGGAUGA